AUGGCUGGCAAUGCUGAACGUACCUACAUCAUGGUCAAGCCCGACGGUGUCCAGCGGGGACUUGUUGGCAACAUCGUCGGCCGCUUCGAGCAGCGUGGCUUCAAGCUGGUUGCUCUCAAGCUCGUGCACGCUACUCCGGAGCACCUUGAAAAGCACUACGCUGACCUCAAGGGCAAGCCCUUCUUCCCUGGCUUGAUUAAGUACAUGGCUGCUGGACCCGUUGUCGCCAUGGUUUGGGAAGGUCUCGACGCUGUCAAGACUGGCCGUGCUAUGCUCGGCGCGACCAACCCUCUUGCCUCUGCUCCCGGCACCAUCCGUGGCGACUUUGCCCUUGCUGUUGGCCGCAACAUCUGCCACGGUUCCGACUCCGUCGAGAACGCCGAGAAGGAGAUCAAGCUGUGGUUUCCUGAGGGUACCGUCCAGUACACCAACGACCUCGCUGGUUGGAUUUUCGAGUAG